AUGACCACGUACUUGGAUGUCUUUGGAGGCGAGAUCGCCACCAUACAACACAUGCUCGAAUCUUUACCCUUUGACCGAACAGAGGGCCAUUCUCAGACCAAGUCUCCAUACUUCUUGGACGUGUACAGAGUACACCGACCAGAAAUGCAGCUGCUUAAUGAAGACAACGGUAAAUUUCCCCUAGAUGCUUCAAAAUUGCUAAAACUAGGCAUAUCGUUGGGGAACUUGUUGAAAUCUCUCCAGCAGGACGAAGAGUCGUACUUGGAGCUGGAAAAGAAGAAACAGCAGUUCAAUAAGAGCUUGGGUGGGCCAUUGCAAGGUGGACCCCCCAACUCGGCAGCCCCUGUGGCUCCUCUUGGUGGUGGUUCACAGAUAUCACUGCCCAAGCCUCAGCUCCAGCAACAUUUCGACCCAGUGAACCCGUUUCUUACCGACCGUAAGACCAUAAACCAGCUUCAGCAACAGUCCCUACCCACUUACCAGACGAGAUUCGUGCAGAACUUGUUGAAGAUCUUGAAGAACUACGACAUUGGCACGCCGGUCACAAUGAGCUCUUUUUCCAAUAAUGGCAACAAUAUGGCCAAUUAUGGCCAAGAUACGUCAGGCAGACACUUGUCCACUACAUCAUCAUCUUCCACGCUCUCGCAGCAGGUGCAGUCGUCUCCCAUCAAGCUCUCAUCGAAGCAAUUGCUCAUCGAGAAGUUGGAAAUCAACAUUGAGCUAGACAACUUGUUCACAUACAAGAUCGUUUUGAAGUUAGUCAAGACCAUCUACGAAAUAGUUGACUCUCAAUUGAACUCUUCGGGAAGCGGGGCGGAAGUGAUGUACAUACACUCGCGUAACUCAAUCGGCAACUCGCUGUCAGCCAAAGAUAUGUCAUCUUCGUCGUCGAUCUUUUCCACCGCAUCGUACAGUUCCACAGAUUCUAGCAUGACUUUGGAUGAGUACUUACAGCAUUUGAAACAGAUCGUGCAUAGAAUAUCGGUAGGUAUAAUCGAGCCAUUUGUACUGUUGAUCGUGACAAAUGUAGCAGAGAAAGGGAUAAUAGAUAGGUUUGGCGAACUUUUGAAAAGUUUAGAUUAG